AUGGCAAGCAGCGCGAAGUUUGGAGGAGGUUCUAUCAUUGGCUCUCGGGUGAUGGAUAGCAUAAAACAAGGUAUAGAGGAGGUGACCGAGCAGGUGAAAAGCCUAACCGCGGAACUGACUGCAUUCACAGAAGAAUCUAGGAAAUCGGAACCGGCGUCAACAACUAUGACGCGACCAAAAAUUGAGAAAAUGAGCGCAGAGGUUGUUGAUUCAAAUCCCUAUAGUCGCCUAAUGGCCCUCAAACGAAUGGGAAUCGUCAAAGAUUAUGAGAAAAUUAGAGAAAAGACUGUUGCAGUGGUGGGGAUAGGCGGUGUUGGCAGUGUUGUGGCUGAGAUGCUCACUAGAUGCGCUAUUGGGAAACUUAUUCUUUUCGACUAUGAUAAAGUGGAACUCGCAAAUAUGAAUCGCUUAUUUUAUCAACCUCAUCAGUCUGGUCUUAGUAAAGUCGAAGCAGCGAAAGACACUCUAACUCACAUCAAUCCCGAUGUUGUUAUUGAAACUCAUAACUAUAACAUAAUUACUGUGGAAAAUUUCAAUAAAUUUGUCGAUUGCAUUCGACAUGGUUCUUUAUCUGGUGGUAAGGUGGACCUAGUUCUAAGUUGUGUAGACAAUUUUGAAGCGAGGAUGUGUGUUAAUACGGCGUGUAAUGAAGAAAACCAAGUUUGGAUGGAAUCUGGGGUGAGUGAAAAUGCUGUCUCUGGUCAUAUUCAGUACAUCGAACCGGGACGCACCGCUUGCUUUGCUUGCAUACCUCCGCUUGUUGUUGCGUCAAACAUCGAUGAAAGGACUCUCAAAAGAGAAGGCGUUUGUGCUGCAUCUUUACCAACAACGAUGGCAGUUGUCGCUGGUUUCCUAGUGCAAAACACCUUGAAAUAUCUCCUGAAUUUUGGCGAAGUAUCCAUGUACGUAGGCUAUAAUGCCCUUCAAGAUUUUUUCCCUCGUCAAGCAAUGAUGCCAAACGAUCAGUGUGACGAUCGAUUUUGCAGGCAAAGGCAAAAGGAAUAUCAGGCAAGAAAAGCAGCUGAAGCAAAAACAGAGGUGAAAGUGGAAGCGAAAGAGGAAGAGGUCGUACAUGAGGAUAAUAACUGGGGUAUCGAACUUGUCGAUGAAUCAAAAGCUGAAGAAACAAAAACUACGGUUGGAAAUGGUCUAGAGUAUGCGUACGAGCUGCCGAAAGAAACUGAAGUGGAAGUUGAGGCAGCGAAUGCACCAUCGGAAACGUCAAAGCAAGACUUGGCUUCAUUGAUGAAUCAACUCAAAGGUCUAUAGACGAUUCGGUUAUAUUCUUCUGUGAAUGGAGCUAGGGUUGGCAAGGGUGUAAGUGCAGAGAUCCCAAAUAUAUCUUUAUUUAUAAUCUAAGAGCUGUGAUGACUUUGUUAAAUUGCUAUCUUGUUAUUUCGCUUUCCUGCUGUUGUCUGUAUUGUUGGGAAAAGGAAUUUAUUAUGCAUAAAAAGCAACCAUACCGAUGCAAUUAUCAUAUACCCGCCUUUAUUGAUAGUAAUAUCAUGUCUUAUACAUUGUUAUAUAUCACUGCAUUCAAGGAAGAACUGCUACUGAGUGAUACCGG